AGGAAUCAUUUCGUGCCUUCGGCUCCUCCGACAAUCCCGCUUUUGCUUUCUUCAUUCUAAUCUUAUUAUAAAUUUCUUAUCGGAAAAAAGAAAACUCCGCCUUUUUCUCGGGAAACAAACACUCUUAAGCGCCUCGCGAAGCUUUCUUUUCCUUCCUUCUACCCGGAAAAGAUCCUGCCAGGUUACUUCAAGUGCUUUCGGAGACUCAAGUUUGUUAUUGAGAGCUGUUUUGGUCAGCUGGGAUGGCUCCUUCUGCAUCAUUUUCUUCAUGCACAUCCUGCAGGGUUGCUCCAAAAGCAUUAAAUGGCAAUAAAGAAUUCAUGAGAAAUUACUCAAAUAUCUUCCGCCAGCUACCUGUUCAUUCCAAAUCAGUUUCUAUAUCUGCCGAACUUACACAUUCGAGGUUGUUUCCAAACAAGAAGAUGAUGAAACGGGAUCAAACCCAGACACUAUCUCUGAGAAGUGGAGUCCAGUGUUGUGCAAUGGAAGUUAAAGUUAGGCCUACUUUUAUGUCGGGGAAGAAGUUUCAACUUGAUGAUGUAAUUGAAGCUCAACAAUUUGAUAGAGAUACUCUGGAUGCUAUAUUUGAAGUUGCGAGAGAAAUGGAGGCAAUUGAAAAGAAUUCACCUGGAAGUCAGAUACUCAAGGGUUACCUGAUGGCUACCCUUUUCUAUGAGCCCUCUACCAGAACCAGGCUUUCAUUUGAGUCUGCCAUGAAACGUUUAGGUGGGGAAGUUUUGACAACUGAAAAUGCCCGGGAGUUUUCAUCAGCAGCAAAAGGAGAAACACUUGAAGACACUAUUCGAACAGUUGAAGGCUAUUCAGACAUAAUUGUCAUGCGGCACUUUGAAAGCGGUGCUGCCAAAAGAGCAGCAGCAACUGCUGGUAUUCCUAUUAUUAAUGCUGGUGAUGGUCCUGGGCAACAUCCCACUCAGGCUCUUUUAGAUGUCUAUACCAUUGAAAGAGAGUUAGGGAAACUGGACGGUAUUAAAGUUGCACUUGUGGGAGAUCUUGCAAAUGGAAGGACUGUUCGGUCACUCGCUUACUUGCUUGCAAAGUACGAAAACGUGAAGAUCUACUUUGUUUCACCGGUGGUGGUGAAGAUGAAGGAUGAUAUAAAGGAAUAUUUGACAACAAAAGGAGUUGAAUGGGAAGAGAGUGCUGACUUAAUGGAAGUGGCUUCCAAAUGUGAUGUCGUGUACCAAACCCGCAUUCAACGAGAACGGUUUGGUGAGAGACUUGACCUUUACGAAGAAGCUCGGGGAAAGUACAUCGUGGAUAAGAAUGUAGUGGGAGUGAUGCAGAUACAUGCUGUUGUCAUGCAUCCUUUACCUAGGCUUGAUGAGAUUACCGUGGAUGUUGAUGCAGAUCCAAGAGCUGCAUACUUCAGGCAAGCAAAAAAUGGUCUUUUUAUACGUAUGGCUCUUUUGAAACUUCUGCUUGUUGGGUGGUGAGGACGCGUUUUUUGUUUUCUGGGGCUCACGAAAUGCAAUAUUUCUUUCCAAAAUUUGACAUCAUGAGACUUGUUUUUUCUCGAGUUUAUCUAUGCAUAAAUUCUAAUGUGAGAAUAAUUUGGCCCUAGAAUUAUGCUACAUGAGUCAUAGAUGUGUUUUAUGAUCUUCGACUGUUUUUUGGUUCUUUUGUCAAUAUUGGCCUCCUUCCGAACAUGGAAAAAGAUGGGAGAAAUAAUUGUGAUAUUUUGGCUAUGUUUGGAAGAAAUGGAGUUUGUUUGUAGAA